UCUCUAAAUAUAAUUUAUCUUUCUUCCGUCUAAAGGUAUAAAAUAUCUUUCUUGCACUGAUUUCCUGUCGGACAUCUUACCACUUCGUGACAUUUGGUGACUUUUGGCGAUUUUAUCAAACUCUUCGGAAAGACAGUGCCGUGUCAAACAAUUAAAUGCUUUGAGAAAUAUUUUAGCAUCAUAUUUGUUUAUGGAAUAAUACAAAGCUAUGGAAAAAUGCAUAUCAGCCAGAUCGGCUACGUAAUGUGCUAAAAUCAAUAACUUACAAGUCAUAUAGCUAUCAAGUCUUGUACAAAAUGAAUAACACAACAAUAAACAAGGAUGCAUUGCUUGAACAGCUUAACAACGAAAAAGCUGUUCUGAUGAUACCUGCUUUUGUGUAUUUGGUGGUUUUAAUGCUGGCUGGAAUAAUUGGCAAUGUUUUAAUUUGCUACUACUACGGUUUCAAAUCGACAAGAAGUUCAGAUAAUAUGUUUAUUCUCGGUGCUGCAAUGUACGAUCUUAUCUCAUGCACUUUGUCGAUUCCAAUAGAAAUUGUGGACAUAAACAUUUUCUACAAUUUCCCUUACGCCGGUGCUUGUAAAGUCAUGAGAUUCGUGACCUACUUUGCGGCAAUUGGCAGUGUGUUUACACUAAUAGUCAUUGCUAUUGACAGGUACAGAAAAAUUUGUAGACCAUUCAAGAAGCAGUUCAGAAGUAAGGGGGCUAAAAUAGCAUGUGGGAUUUCUAUUCCGUUUUCUUUGUUGCUGUCAUGGCCUGCCGCCGUAUUCUACACGUCUGAACCUGUGGAAAUAUUGACAGAGGAUGGCAUCAAGUUGCAAGGUUUCGACUGUACAACUACAAGAGAAGCCUCAUACAAGAUAUAUCUGUUGAUUUUCAAUGGAUUUUUUCUUUGUUUCUUAAUUUCGGCCGUUAUCCUUUUUGUGUUGUACGGUCUUGUUGGAAGAGCUAUAUAUAAACACCAUAAAUCACAAAUUCAGUACACUCGACCAAAAUUGUCACAAUCUAAUACUGCUGGGUGUGAUGGGACCGAUAACAACAGUCCAAAAGAAAACGUAAAUAAAAUAAUGACAAAUCAUGGAACAGGAGGUGACAUGGAAGCUCAUUCUACCGGAAGUGAAAUUCUCUCUACAGUUAUUCCUAACAAACCAAAAGAACAUGAUAGUGUGAAAACUAUGAAAUUUACAACAGUAAUGUUUGUUAUAACAAUAGUAAUAGCUUUUUGCCACACCUAUAUAUAUAACAGGUUUGAUCAAAAGAAAUCAAAUGAUAAAUACAAAUACACGGUUACCGAAUCUGUUGAAUCAGAAGCGGACGCAGCUAACAGAAGAAGUGCUAUUAAUAUGGUAGCCGCAACAAACACAAAUAUAAAUGGAAAAUCCCAAAACCAGAAUAGCUAUCAAGUCUUGUACAAAAUGAAUAACACAACAAUAAACAUGGAUGCAAUGCUUGAACAGCUUAACAACGAAAAAGCUGUUCUGAUGAUACCUGCUUUUAUAUAUCUGGUGGUUUUAAUGCUGGCUGGAAUAAGUGGCAAUGUUUUAAUUUGCUACUACUACGGUUUCAAGUCAAGAAGAAGCUCAGAUAAUAUGUUUAUUCUCAGUGUUGCGAUGUACGACCUUAUCUCAUGCACUUUGUCCAUUCCAAUUGAAAUUAUGGACAUAACAUUGUUCUACAAUUUCCCUUACGCCGGUGCUUGUAAAGUUAUGAGAUUUGUGAUCUACUUUGCGGCAAUAGGCAGUGUGAUAACACUAAUAGUCAUCGCUAUUGACAGGUACAAAAAAAUUUGUAGACCAUUCAAGAAGCAGUUCAGGAGUAAAGAGGCUAAAAUAGCAUGUGGGAUUUCUAUUCCGUUUUCGUUGUUGCUGGCCUGGCCUGCAGCCGUAUUCUACACGUCUGUACCUGUGGAUGUAUUGACAGAGGAUGGCAUCGAGCUGCAAGGUUUUGACUGUACAACUACAAGAGAAGCCUCAUACAAGAUAUAUCUGUGGAUUUUCAAUGUUUUGUUUCUUCUUGCUUUCAUAAUUUCGGCCAUUAUUCUUUUUGUGUUGUACAGUCUUGUUGGAAGAGCUAUAUAUAAACACAACAAAUCACAAACUAAGAACACUCGACCAAAAUCGCCAUGCCAUCAUACUGUUGAAAGUCAUAUGACCGAAAACAACAGUCCAAAAGUAAACGUAAACAAAAGAAAGACAAAUCGUGAAACAGAAGGUGUCAUUGAAGCUCAUUCUAAAGGAAGUGAAAUUCACUCUAAAAUCGUUCCCAACAAAUCAAAGGAACACGUUAGCGUCAAAACUAUGAAAUUUACAACAGUAAUGUUUGUUAUAACAAUAGUAUUUAUUGUUAGCUUUUUGCCACACCUAGCUUUGUCGCUCUGGAGGGCCUUCCAAGGCACAUAUGAAGGGGAAACUCUUUCUGGUGCUGGAUUAGUUGUCUUUCAAAUUGGUCUGAGAUCAUAUUUGCUGAACUCGGCAAUUAAUCCUUUUAUCUACGGAUGUUUUAACUCGAAAUUUCGAGCAUUUAUCUACAUGAAGUUCUGUCGGUGUUGCAAAGGUUAACUGAUAGGUGCACGAUUCCUCGAGCUCUGGUACAACAGUACAGUAUCAAUUACACUCCAUGACCUCCCACUGAAACUCUUUUCUGGAGAACGUUCACACAACAUACAUGAUAUAUCUAGUUUUCAUAUAUUGAUAAUGUCAAAUUGAAUGUAGUUUAAGACAGAAUAUGCAAAUCUUUAAUGCUGGUAUUAUAUUUGUAUAUGAAUACGUAUAAAAGUUUUCAGUAUCCUUAUUUAUGAACUUGGCCAUAGGACCUGAAUCUUUCAUGAGACCAGGGAUUCCUAAGUCGGCAUUACUUCACAUCAUGUUCAAUAUAAACAUAACGCUUCUCUAGAAUAUCUAAAAUCGGUUAAAAUCAGAUAAAACGUUACAUGUAUAUAUGAGCCACGUUUUAAUGCAUAUAUCUACACUGGUAAAGAUAUAUGAAUGUACACAAAAUCUAUAAGUGUUCUUGCCUAUGAUCUUGACAAAUGAAAGUACAAAACAGCAUCUUACGGGCGACACACCUCACAAGGCAUUUUUAAAAGUUUUAUCAUUAUGCCUUUACAGCAGUACAAAAUGCAAGUCAACGUGUAAAGUCGUUCUGUGAUUAGGGCUAACUUCAACUUGAUGUUGUGUUGUAAAGUUUGAUACAAUUACAAAGUGAAAGUUAUUUCUAUAACGAAAUAUGCUUCGAAAUAUUGAGUUUAAUCAUUUAAUUACCCAUAAAAAGUUUCAAGCUCUCAAGUUUCAAUAAAACAAUAGACGGUUGCAAUUAUGCACUAUCCCGGAAGUAAAUUCAUUUAGAAAGUAAAAUCGUACUUUUACUUAGUCAAUAAAAUGUUAAGCCCAUUAUAAAGGUAGAUAAUUAUAAAUGUUUUUCAUUAAACAACUUACUGGAUGGGAACCAGUUUCCGGAGACAUUUGCAUAUCUCGGCUCCAUUAUUUCAUAAAAAAAUAUAUGACCUAAAUAAAGUCCACACUGCACAAACUUCAGCUCCUUCCGCAUCAGAUGUUGUAAUCUGUAUCGCGUUAUGACGUAAAACAUGGGUUCCAUGGGGCCUCAAAUGGGGUCACAAAAAGAAGCUAUUUUCCCCGUGAGGUAAACCAGUAGCCGGACAAAUAUUCUGACGAUGUUUCGCUGUAAUUUUGAUAUCGAAAAAAGUAAUAAAACACUUUCUACACAUUUCUUUAUCAUUAAUCUCUUCAAAAAUACACAUGGAACAUAUCCUGACGUUCGAUAGCAGCUACGAAAGCAAACAGAAAAAACUCGAAUUUCGUCUAACACGAAUUCUUGAUAAUUCCAAUAGAUAUAGAAUAAAACUAGUGCAAAAAUCGACAGCCCUGCAUUUUAUGUAACUGUUUCCGUGAAAUUAAAAGUAGCACAUGUUAUCAGCAGACAAUCAAUAUGUAGUUUAAUUAUUUCUUCCCCACUUGAUACCUCAGCAAGCGUAAUUUAGUGCGCAUGCGCAAUGCUAUCUUCAUGCCCCGUUAAGACAGAAAGUUGUUUUGUAAACACAGGUGAUGUAUCAUCAUAAAACCUAACAUUAUACAGCCUUGUAAUGUAAUGGUUUGCUGUAGACAUGAAGAACAAACAUCUAAAUGAUCUAGAUGAAACAAUUAUGUGAAUAACAACGAAAUAAAGCAGAUAUUACAUGUGUCCGGAAACUGGUUCCUAACCAGUAUGUUAUUAUAAAAGGUGUCAUAAUGAAAAUCGGAAACCUUAACCUGUUUCGUUGGGUCCACCUUUGUGGCUGUCUUAGGGCUGAGUAAUUGUAACAUAAUAUGCAUAUUAAUUUAUAAAAAUGAAUGUAGUUACAAGAUCAUUUCUGCGGUUUGAAUAUUUUCUACAUUUGAUUCCUUAUACAUUUGUUGGUGAUUCCCCAUAUCUGGAUAACUUUUGUUUUUAUUGUCCGGUAAUUUUAGAACUUAGUGGGAGAAUAACAAUAGGGAUUUGGGCAUAUCCAACCAGCCUAAAUGUGCAUGUAUUCUACCACUGACCGUUUCAAGGUGGAGACUCAUGAUCCUGUAUGUGCAUUCGUCAUGGUUGUACAGCUGUAUUUUUACUUUAUUUAACCAUUACAUAUCCGUAACAUUGACAUCCAUGCAUGCGCUGCUCUAGCGUUUUAUUCACAGUGGAAACACCAUCAUGGAAUGAGGUUUUACGAUACGUUGAAUGUCCCUUAUACUUUGUAGAAGCCACAUUUGAAGAAAUACUUUAAUAAAUUAAGAAUGUUAAUUUCAGUGGCUAUAUAUGUUGUUGUUUUUUCCCCUUUUUUAAUCAAAACUGCAAAUUGUGUGUCAUGAAGUAAGAACCAUUCAGACGAUUCGGGCUCUUGGAAAUAAGCUAAACAUAGAAACCAUAGAACAGUUGAACCUGUCUUGACAGCAACCUGUAUUAUGCGGCCACUUGCCUUAAGCAGACAGCUUUUCCCGAAGUCACUUCUUUAUUUCAACUUGUUUUAAGCAUCCAUAUGUGUCGUUUCUUUGCGAGCUGCCUAAUACAGAUUGUAUAUUCCAACUCUUUGCCAUAUCUUUAGGUUGUAAGUUUAAGUCUGUGAAGUUUAACUCUGUUUUCUGUGUUACAAAAUAUGUAUUUUGCUAACAUUUAUUUUUAAAAUCAUAUGUAUUUUGUGUAUAUUUACAAUGUAUAUGUUACAAUUUAAAGCUUUAACGUUAAGAUUUAAUUUCCUUAUGACUUUGUACCGACAUUUCCAAUGACACGCGUUUUUCUUUUGUUGUUAUAUUUCCUUGUUUCAUUGAAUAUGACGGUCGUUUUUAUCUGAUAGUGAAAUAUGUGAAAUAUGUGAAAGGAGAAAACACACUCUAUAAACGACUGUACUGCGCCUCCUCCUGUUGCGGCCGAUCAAAACAAUAAAAAGACAGGUUGAAGGUGAGAAAUUGUCUUAAAAUCAAUUACUUUGCUUUACACGGUGUAUUAAGAAAUAAUGGUCAAAUCACGGCAGGUAGUAAACACGAAGGCUGUAUGUCCAGUCGCAUGGUACUUUUCAAUGAAAUAUCGGUUUCAAUGGGUUGAAAUUCUAGAAAGAAAAGUCUUAUACGGACACAUUGUCUCAUGACGGUGAACUUUUGUGCCAAGCUAUUUCAGAAUCCCUUAAUGCAUAAAGAAGUUAUGGCAUGGACACGAAAAAUGGACCCUCUUUUGCCUGGCCUCAAGUGUCACACUAAAGAGAUAGGUACAAGAAUAAGACGGACAUUAACUACAUAUUGCCGAUGUUUGUAUGUAAAGUUUGAGAGAGGUGUAAUAGUAUUCAAGCAAUUGCACGACAAAAUUUUUGAGGACACACAUACAAUUAGACCGAAAUUUUGAAGAAGAAAAAAAUCCACUUGAUAACCAUGAAAUGAAAGACGAAAAUAUCUAAAGUCUAGGUCACAAAAUAAGUAAGCACCUCCAGGUACUUGUUCAUACGUUCAGAAAACUAUGAUAUUCUGAUAUUAACCUGUAUAUCAGUUCCUUUAAAGACUUCUAUGUUAAAAAGAUCCUUUGGAAGCAAAGAAUGCAACCAAGAAGAAUGAUAGCAGACAGGUUUAAUUGAGUCUGUUCCUGAGAGGUAAUGAAAUGUGCAACACCUCUCAUGCCCCCUAGCACCGGCUACAGCGGAACUCUAUUAUGCGUGUUGAACAGACUCCAUGAUCCCAAAGGACCAGAAAAUAUAACAACACUGAAUCCAAGCACGGGGAAACUUUUUUAAAGCCGCCACACGGCACAUAUUGCUGUCGUGGCAGUUGAUAAAAUCUUUUAAAAGAUCAUUUGGAAGCAGGGUAAUCAAAUGUGCAACACCUUUCACGCCCCUUAGCAGAAGUCUAUAAUAUAUUUUACUUUCUGAUAUAUGGAAUGCAAACAUUGUCAAAAUGUCAAAAAGUCAUUAAGUGUUUAACCUUAACAUAUUGUUGUAAAAUACACAUGUAAUAAAAAUUAUAUAACAGAUAACGUGUGUUUGGUUGGGUGUACUUUGCUGUACAAUAUCUCCGUUGUAUGCAUAAAGAAUACUCCUGACAAAUAAUCCAGACAAAAUCAUCUUGUUUAAUUUGAUCAAAGCUUCUUUAUGUCUUUUAAAGCACAUAUUUACUAAUUUUCAAUUCAUUUCGCCUAAAA